AUGCCCGAUAUCGUAAAGAACGCCGGACCGGUCGAUGCCGGACAUCCGAAACCCCUUGCAGCAGAACGGUGGGCCGACGGAUAUCAUGUAUACAAAGCAAGUCAAACCGAAUGGCAGUGGCAGAUGAACGCCGUCGCUGUGCAGCAAGUAACGCCGACUCCAUGCUCGAAGUACUUCAAUCCCAAGCGAGUAUUUCACGUGGCUAGUGCGCUUCGUGUUGCAUAUGCAGGAACGGAAUCCCACAGGAACGUCCUGCGCGGUCAGAUCCAUGGACUGGCGUAA